CCCAGCUUGGCCACUCAGUCACCUCAACCGCUCAGCUGGACACGAACGCAUUGCUGAGUGCUGUUUUGUGUGAAUGUGUAAAGACAACUUUUAAUACCCGAGGAUUUAGUUUAUAUAAAGGGAUUUCUUGCCAGUUGUCCAGGAAAAGGAUAUAGCUGUCUCGUAACGUUCAAGUCUCAACAGCAUCGCCAUGGGCUAUUUAGAUGUCCAGGAGAAGGGCGCAGAUCCCUUGCCGGCGAAGAGGUCUGACAAAGCCUGGAAUGGCUACAGGUUCCUGGUGGUGAUGGGCGUCCUCGCCAGCGUCCUGAUCUACACCAUGGGCGCCAUCCUCACCGGCAUCGCCUACAGAACCAUGGACAGCAAAGCCAACUGCACCCGUGUCGGCCUAGACGGUCCUCAGGCCCAGACCGUGAUCUCGAUGCACGGCUUCAACACGUCGCUCGUCGUGGUCGGCCCUUGCUUCAUGGCUGCCGGCGGAGCCAUCGUCGCCUUCAUCAUCUUCCAGUGGUGCUUCUGCCGGCCGGUCAUUAGGGAAUAGGAGCCAGAGUCAUUGUACUCGCCUUUUCUCUUUUAAUCUCUCUCUCUCUCUCUCUCUCUCUCUCUCUCUCUCUCUCUCUCUCUCUCUCUCUCUCUCUCUCUCUCUCUCUCUCUCUCUCUCUCUCUCUCUCUCUCUCUCUCUCUCUCUCUCUCUCUCUCUCUCUCUUUCCCUUUAUCUCAACCAAAGUCGAUAACUAUGUUUGUGUAAGUCUAUAAGUAUAUACCAAUAUAAAUUCA